GCUUUAGGGCCCGGGUACGCAACUAGUAGACUAGAGUAGAGAGGGUUUCUCGGAGUUGGAGAGCGGCGAGACAUGGCGGCGGCGGCGACGACGGCGAAGGAGGUGGAGAAGAAGAUGGAGCUUAUGAAGGAGAUUCGAGCACACGAGGUGGCGAUCGGCGAGCUCAACAACCUGCCUCCCUCCCGGGCCGCAUACCAGAAGACCUGCAACAUCUUCUUCCGCAAGAACACCAAAUCGGCGGUCACAUCUGAACAGAAGCAACUUGAUAUGGCGAAAGCUCGGCUUCAGAAGCUGGAUCAAGCCUGACGUUUUGCUGAAAAAAAAUAGCUCUACAGCACAUCAAAGGGUUGCAUACUCCUUUGAAAGUGCAACAUGCUACUUCAAACCCCUCUGCAGAUCGUCUCAUCAAGUUAGGAUAGAGAGCCAGACAAUGUACAACUUAUAGUGCCAUUCUGGGUAAUGUUACAAGCCGGUUGCUUGUUAGGAGUGUCAGACGAAUCCGUUGUUGCCUAUGCAGGAUGGGCAAUGAACGUUGGUAGUGCCAUUGUGCUAUGGUUUGCGAAUUCAUAUAGUUUUUGUCAGUUGCCAUGACAUGAUUGCAGUGCAGCUUGCAUCAUUCAAAUCAUGGUGCAUUGCUUCUGUUGGAUGUGGUGAAUUAAUAAAGCAGUAAAAAAUGUAACCAGAUUCAUUGUUGGUAUCCACAACAUUUCUACAGUCUGAUUCACAUUGGUAGUAUGUUAAAAUAACUGAAAUCAAGUGCCAGCAAUGCAUCAA